AUAAUGGCAUCGGAAAAGAACUCUCAGAAGAGUCAAUCAUCUUCGCACACGUCAUUCCUCCUUGUCUUUGGUUUGGGGCUUCUCACCGUUCUGGUCAACUACUCUCCGAUUUCUAUCCAAGAGCUUCGUAUCCUUGUCCCACAAUAUUUCGGAUAUGGAGAAGAGCUCAGAACGGCAGACGCAUGUCAUUUGAUCUCACAGCAAACCUCUAACGCAACUGAGGUUCAUUGGCCCGGCUCUGAUGCGUACGAUGUUGAUGUACAUCACUGGGCCACCUCUGCCAGUACUCCGUCCGUCUGUUCAGUCACGCCUGCCACUACGGACGACCUUGGUAUCAUACUACAAAUCGUCGGAUCCAGUCGUGUUCCCAUUGCCAUCACCGGAGGCGGACAUUCACUCAACCCCGGAUUCUCCUCAACGCCGGGCAUCCACAUCGCCAUGUCGCGCUUUACCCACAUCCAACACAACGAAGAGGCUCAAACCAUCGAUCUUGGUGCUGGACUUCGGUGGGACGACGUCUUCGGCCAUCUGAACCCUAAGGGAUACACAGUUGCAGGUGGGAGGGUUAGCGGUGUGGGUAUCGCUGGUUUCAUUCUCGGUGGAGGACUUUCAUGGAUCACAAACGAAAGGGGCUUGACGAUCGAUACAUUGGUCAGCUGUGAGAUCGUGCUGCCGAAUGGGACUGUUACCGUUGCCUCUGCGGAGUCGAAUCCGGAUCUCUUCUUCGGACUUAAGGGAGGGUUCAACAACUUCGGAAUAGUGACGCGGUUCACCUUACAAGUUUUCCCUCAAGGAGAUAUUUGGGGUGGAACCGUCAUCGUCCCAGAGUCGUCUAUUGACUACGCAAACGCCGCAAUCGCCUCCUUUGCUUCGCAGCCCCGUGAUGUUAAGGCGACCGUCAACAUUAUCUACGAAUAUGCAGAGGGUGCAUUGAACACAAUCGUGAUCGUGUUCUAUAACGCCCCUGAACCUCCAGCUGGUUUGUUUGAUGAGAUCCUUGCCAUCAAAGGAGGAGCGGUCACGACCGCUUCGAUGCCUUUCUUGACGUUAUUGGCCGCUGGCCAACCCAGGAAUACGCCCAGGAGAAUCCAAGACGAAGUGCCAAUCCAAACUUGGACUCCUUCAAUAUUAAAACAGGUCGCAAACGAGACGAGGUACUGGGGAGAAUAUCUCGAGAAGCACCACUCCGGUCACUUCUUUGACUACAUCGUUGAAAUCUUCCGCUCAGACUAUUACUCGCACUACCCUCUUUCCUCUUAUUCGACCUCGCCCACGACGGCCUCCGCGUGGCCCGCCGACCGCUCCAAAGUCCACUGUCCUCUUAACAUCGCGUUUGCAUGGUACGACUCCGCCCACGACAAGGCGAUCUAUGCUGCGUUGGAGGAGACGGUGAGGAAGUUGACGGUGGAUGCGAUUGCCGAGGGGCAGGACUUGGAAGGAGCUUCCUCGUAUCCGAACAUCGUCAGGCCUGGGGUGCCUGUCGAGGAAAUGUACGGGGGUAAGGAGAGGGUCAAGGAGUUGCAGAGAAUCAGGGAUGUGUAUGAUCCGAAGAGAGUCAUGGAUUUGGCAGGAGGAUGGCAUUUCUAGAGGGUUCACUUCUAGUUACGACUUGUUAGAUGCGCGUACGUCGGCAUGACACAUUCUCAAGACCGGUUACACUUAUUCCUGUACAUUCGAGCACUACCUAUUGCCUGCAUUUUCUCUCAUUGUAAUACAUGCCACGGGUCGUCCACACGCAAUGGAUAGCUUUUUU